UUCCCAGGAGCCCAGGCAGUGGCUCCCACAGCCCUCACCAUGGCCACCUGCUGGCAGGGCCUAUGGGCCUAUCGCUCCUACCUGAUUGUGCUCUUCCUGCCCAUUCUCCUGCUGCCUCUGCCCAUUCUCGUCCCCACCAAGGAAGCCUACUGCGGCUAUGCCAUCAUCCUUAUGGCACUCUUCUGGUGCACAGAGGCUCUGCCCCUGGCCAUCACUGCUCUCUUCCCAAUCAUCAUGUUCCCCAUGAUGGGCAUAAUGGAUGCCUCUGAGGUCUGCAUUGAGUACCUGAAGGACACCAACGUCCUGUUCCUGGGGGGGCUGCUGGUCGCCAUUGCUGUGGAGCACUGGAACCUACACAAGCGAAUUGCCCUGAGCGUGCUCCUGAUCAUUGGGGUGCGGCCUGCCCUGCUGAUCCUGGGCUUCAUGUUGGUCACGGCCUUCCUGUCCAUGUGGAUCAGCAACACGGCCACCACGGCCAUGAUGGUACCCAUCGCGCAAGCUGUCCUGGAGCAGUUGCACCAGGCACCCACGGGCAAGGAUGUCGAGGAGGGCAGUGACAACCCUGCCUUUGUGCUCCAGGAACCAAGUGAAAAAAAGGAAGGGUCCAAGCUUGAUAUCAGGCAGAUGCACCCUGAACCACCUGCUGCCACAGAGCCAAGAGCACAGAAAAAUCAGGAGCAGCUGCGCUUCAGCCAGGGCAUGAGCCUGUGUGUGUGCUACUCAGCCAGCAUCGGGGGCAUCGCAACGCUCACUGGCACUACACCCAAUCUGGUGUUGCAAGGCCAGGUCAACGCGCUCUUCCCAAAGAACGGCAAUGUGGUGAAUUUCGCUUCCUGGUUCGGCUUUGCCUUCCCCACCAUGGUCAUCCUACUGCUGCUUUCCUGGCUAUGGCUGCAGGUCCUCUUCCUGGGUUUCAACUUCCGGAAGAACUUUGGCAUCGGGGGACAAGCGCGAGAUCAAGAGCGGGCAGCCUACCGUGUCAUCCAAACAGAGUACAAACUGCUAGGCCCCAUGACUUUUGCUGAAAACGCUGUCACCAUCCUCUUUGUCAUCCUGGUGGUGCUCUGGUUCACUCGGGAGCCAGGAUUUUUCACUGGCUGGGGCAACCUGGCUUUUGCCAAAGCCAAUGGAGAGAGCAUGGUAUCUGACGGGACUGUGGCCAUCUUCAUCGGCAUAAUCUUGUUCAUCGUGCCUUCCAAGAUCUCACAGUUAAUUCAGGACCCAGAGAAGCCAGGGAAGCUGAAGGCCCCUCCUGCCCUCCUCAACUGGAAGACUGUGAAUGAGAAGAUGCCCUGGAAUAUUGUGUUCCUGCUGGGCGGUGGCUUUGCCCUGGCCAAAGGCAGUGAGGAAUCCGGACUGUCUGAAUGGCUGGGGAACAAGCUGACUCCACUGCAGAACAUUCCAGCCCCUGCCAUCGCUUUUAUCCUCUGCCUCUUGGUUGCCACCUUUACUGAGUGCACCAGCAAUGUGGCCACCACCACUCUCUUCCUGCCCAUCAUGGCCUCGAUGGCACAAGCCAUCUGCCUCCACCCUCUGUAUAUCAUGCUCCCCUGCACGUUGUCCGCCUCACUGGCCUUCAUGCUGCCUGUAGCCACCCCACCCAAUGCUAUUGUCUUCUCUUUCGGGGGCCUCAAAGUGUCCGACAUGGCACGGACGGGAUUCCUGCUCAACAUCAUCGGGGUGCUGGUCAUCACACUGGCCAUCAACAGCUGGGCCUAUCCCAUCUUCCAGCUUCACACCUUCCCUGGCUGGGCUGACCACAACAGCACGGUUCAAUGCCUGAACACCACUGUACUUGGACCCUAGACCAGGGUGAGCCUGGCUGAGACUAGGAAGGCCCACCCUGCUCCUACUCCUCUGAGCUGGAAGUGGAUGCCCCAAACUCCAUGGCAGACAAUGAGAGAAAGGCAUGUGUGUAAGCGCAUGUGUCAGGACGGUGUGCGUGCACCUGUGUGUGUGUGGUGCGCGUGGGGGUGUCUGAGAGGGGCGUUGUGCACUUGCAAGUGAACCUGGGUGUGUAUGCUGAACAGUGCACAUGUGUGGGUUCACAAGUCAUUCAGCACACCUUUUGUUGGCACCCCAGCUUGGUGGUUAUACUGCAUUAUAUUUAUUAAAACUCAGGGUUGGGGUGACCUAAGGAGCAAGGCUGACCAGUGGUUACGGCAGAGGUCUCCUCAUUCUCCUGGGGUCUGGGAGCAGGAUCCGAUGCUAGCCACAUUAAAGUUUUGUUUUGUUUUUUUCAA